AUGUGGAAGCCUUCCGGUCUCCUCUCGUCCUUCUUGGAGCCCUCCCUCCUGCAAAGCAGCCACUGUCUCAGCUGCCAGCUGCGCAGUCCCGCAUUCCGCUCGAGAUAUACCCUGCGCUCCUAUGCCACCAAGAAUAACGGCAGCAACCCGCCGAUAAGCCGCAAACUCCAAUUCCAGCAGAAUGCCUCACCCCAGUCCUCUCCUCCUGAGCAACCGGCCGAGCCGAGCGAUGACUUCGUCCCAACGCUAGACCGGCCAAUUGGUUCGGGGAUCCCGCCGCAGGAAGGUCAGAAUACGGGCGUUGAUACGCGGUCGAUGCGACAACGGCGAGAUGAUUUUGUAAACUAUGAUAAGCAUAUUGAGCGGCGCAAGGAACUAACGAGACAAGUCGCAAAGCCAUACUUCCGAGAAUGGUCCAAUAUGCGGUACAACCAGGGUAAGACAUUCAUGUCAAACCCGCGGAUCUUCAAGCGCGAUAAAUCCCUCUACUUCCCCAACCUCCAGGGCGUAACGCUCGCCUCCCACGGUGAACCACAGGACACCACAUCCAUCCUCCGCGGCAGAAUCUCCGUCGUGACUCUUUUCUCUAGCGUCUGGGCAGAGAGCCAAGUCGCGACCUUUACCGGGCAAAACUUCAACCCCCGUCUAUGCGAAGCCUUUGCGAGCGGCGAGCAGUUUGUUCAGAAGGUCGACAUCAAUCUCGAAGAGAAUGCGCUCAAGGCAGCGCUGGUCCGAGCGUUCAUGUGGCGGAUGCGGGGGAAACUGCCUGAGAAGCAGCAUCCGAGGUAUUUCCUUGUGCGCAGGGGUCUUACCGACGGGCUCAAAGAGGCUAUUGGUAUGCUGAACAGCAAGGUGGGAUACGUGUAUCUCUUGGAUGAGAAUUGCCGUAUCCGAUGGGCGGGAAGUGGGCCUGCUGAACCGUCUGAACAAGAAGCCCUGAACAAUGGCGUUCGCAAAUUGAUUCAGGAACGGAAAAUCAGUUUGCAGUCUGAGCUGCCAGCGCAGGAUUGGCAAGUAUCUGAGAAGGGAGAGAACAAACCGAGGGUUGUUGAGCAUAGUCGUUAA